AUGGCCUCUCCUCUUGUUUAUUUGUUCCUUACCUUUCUCACCUUUUUCCUACCAACACCACCACAAGUAGAAGCUUCAGCACCAUCAGGUCAUUUAUUCUCAAAACCUAACUGCAGUUCCACAUGCGGUAACCUUAACAUUCCUUAUCCCUUUGGCACACGAAAAGGCUGCUAUCUUGACAGCCUGGACAAUUCUUUCCUUAUAACUUGUAAAGGUAAGGUGCCUUACCUUGGAAAAAGUGGAAUUAAGGUGCUUAAUAUUUUGCUUAUUGAUCAAAAUAUUCGUAUAUUAAGACAUACAACUCCCACAUGCCACAAUAAGUCGAGAAAUAGUACAGAUACUAUUGCUUCACCUCUUCGACUAUCAAAUUUUCCUGUGAAUAAUACACGAAACAAAUUUAUUGUCACGGGAUGUUCCACUUUUGGGUUGAUUAGUGGUUCUACGGCUCAAAACUACGCUACUGGAUGUUUAUCAACAUGCGGGGGUGUUGAUAAUGUAAUGAAUGGCUCAUGCUCAGGCACUGGGUGUUGCCAAACUUCACUUCCAAAAGGUGUGAGGGACUUUGCUGAGCUGGGCUUAAUAUUUAUAAAUGAGACGGCUUCCGCUUGUAGCUCGGCUUUUGUGGUUGAAGAAGGGGCAUAUAGCUUUUCCUCCUUGGACUUGAGCACAACUCGGAGAAGGUCAUACCCAAUUAUGCUUGAUUGGACUGUUGGAAAUGAAACUUGCGCUUCAGCAAAGAAAAACAAAACAAACUAUUUAUGUGUUGCACCGGGCAGCAUUUGUAUCGACUCAGUGUACAAGCCAACUAUAGGGUAUACAUGCAGAUGCCCAAAUGGAUUCGAGGGCAACCCUUACUUGAUCAAUGGUUGCAUAGAUAUUGAUGAAUGUAAGAGAUCCAAUCCGUGUGAUGCUCCUGCAAAAUGUCAAAACCAACAUGGAGGCGUCUCAUGUGUUUGUCCACCUAGUUACAAAUCAGAUGGGAAAGGGGGUUGUGUUAAAGUAAGUCAUGGCGGCCCAAUUGCACAUAGGAUCGCAAUAGGUAUAAGCGUGAGUUUGUUUGUUUUAGUAGUGGGGAGUUCCUGGAUAUACCGGCAGCUGGCCAAUAUAAAGCAUACGAAACAGAAGCAAAAGUUGUUUAUGCAAAAUGGCGGCUUAACACUAAGAGAAGAACUCUCCAAAGACGAUAGUUUAGCCAACACGGUCAAACUCUUCACUGAAGAAGAUAUCAGAAAGGCCACCAAUAACUUUGAUGAACAUGGAAUUAUUGGCCGCGGUGGUUGUGGAACAGUUCAUAAAGGAGUCAUUUCACCUAAUAACAUAGCAGUUGCUGUGAAGAAAUCCAAAGUCAGCGAACAAAGUCAGAUUUCCCAAUUCAUCAACGAGAUGAUAAUUCUUUCAAGGAUCAACCACAUUAAUGUAGUAAGAUUAAUAGGUUGUUGCCUGGAAACCCAAGUGCCCUUACUUGUUUAUGAAUUCAUGAGCAAUGGCACUCUCUCGGACCAUAUUCAUAAAAAGGUGACUGGCUCAUAUCUUUCAUGGGAAUGUUGCCUUCGAAUAGCUGCAGAAAUUGCAGAAGCAAUUGCCUAUUUGCAUUCGGCUGCUUCUCCACCAAUUAUUCAUCGAGAUAUAAAAAGCACUAACAUACUGCUCGAUGAAAAUUUUGUUGCAAAAGUGGCUGAUUUUGGAGCAUCUAAAAUUGUUCCUCGAGAUCACAAAGAAAUUGCGACUUUAGUGCAAGGGACAUUCGGGUAUAUAGACCCCGAGUACUUUCACUCUGGUGAGUUGACGGAGAAGAGUGAUGUUUAUAGUUUUGGCGUGCUUCUGGCAGAACUACUAACAGGAGAGCAUGCCGUGUCAUUUAAUAGGCCAGAUGAAGAGAGGUGCCUUGCAGUGUACUUUCUAGCUUCAGUGAAGCAUGAUAAUGGGUUGCCCAGCAUUAUUCACAAAAGUUUUAUUGAGGAUGGAAAGAACCUUGAGCAGAUCAAACAAGUGGUUGUGAUGGCAGCUAGGUGCCUAAAAGUGACGGGAAACCAAAGGCCAGGUAUGAGGGAACUAGCGAUGGAGCUAGAGCGUUUAAAAACAACGGUUGCGCCUCCAUGGCCAGAUCAGACUCCGGCCAGGAACUCGAACAACCAGAUCAGUAUGCUUUCAAAAGCUGAUUCUGAUUCUAGUUCAAUAACUGAGUUUGCGGACUUGAGUUUCGAAAUGACGAGGAAAGUUGGACAGGAAUGAAUCGAAUGAUCGAUCAUUCGUCUCAUAAGUGAAGUUGGAUUACUCAAUAUAUCAGCUUCUGACUUGUGUUUGUGUCUACUCUCGAAAUAAUAUGUUGUUCUUCCUGUUGUGAGAGAUAAUGAGUCUUGCAUGUUAUCCAGAAUUCAUAAUAUGCUACAUCUUUAGAGUUUGUUCAACUUUAGGAUAUGUUAUACUCGUUUUUCUGUC